CUACCGUCAUCGAUCAAACAGCUAAGUGCGGUCUUCUUGUAUAAAUAUACAUUACUGUAUAUAAGAUUUGUUUUUAUGCGCACAUGUCUCGGCAUGGUUCGGUCCGACGUCGUACUUGCGACCGGCACUAUAAUAACUCACGGAGUGCUCGGACGUGGUUCGACGAUAUUCUAGUUUUUCCGGUCAGUUCCGGAGAAUGGAAGCGUUCAGGAACGCUGUGCGCAAGGUCGUGAGCAGAUCGUCCGAUGACCAACAAUUGGAGUGCGCACUCAUGGCGUCGGUCCAGAAGCAGCUGACCGAAGUUGCGGACGCCGUGACCUCGGUCUGGCCACUUGCUGAGUUGUCGGACCUAGAGAGACGCGAAUGCGCCAAGACUUCGGCCGUAAGACGAUUUCCGGCGAGAAGCAUCGUCUACGAUGACGAUCGUAACUCCAACGAGGCGAAUGCUUACUUUGUGCUCGAAGGUCGCUGCACUUGUAUGCAGCGACUUCGUGUCCGUAAGACGACAGUAAACGGCCGCAACCGUUUUGCACUGAUCCGAGAUCAUAAUGGCGAUGGCCAAUCACAUUUGGACACACAGAGAAAUGUGCAGACGGUCUACAUGAAGAUGUCUAAUCUACGCCCCGGUUCGGUUUUCGGUCUGGGCGAGAGGCGUUCGGGUCGGAUGGUGAUAGCCACGGCCGAUGUCAAGUGUCUGCUCGUCCCGUUGUCGUUCCUCGCAAAGCACAACGGGUCCAACAUCUGGGGAAGGACCGUGUGCUCUCUGGACGGUACCAACCCGACGGCCGAACAGUCGUUCCGGAAGUUCGUCGUGGAAAACAGAUGGGAAGAGUACAAGAAGUCGUUAGCGGGCGACUUGUUCCGGAAACGCCGACCAUAGUAUACUGUAGUUGUUAUUAUUACUAUGACCAAUGGCCAUUGUGCAUAAUAUUAUAUUUUAUGUUAUUUUUACGAACAGCGUAGUAUAAUCGUAUCGUGUUUUUGUCUUUUUACUAUUGCUAAAGAGGUUAAGUGCUUACCUUUGGUUUAAGUAACCUAUAUAUAACGAGGUUUUGUCUUUUUAUCGUGUUUGUCGUUAAAUUUACAAUAAAUUACAUAAAAUAUA